AUGCCGGCAGCUGAGAUCGAGAAUGGACCUGAGGCCUGCUUAUCCCACCUAUUUGACCGCGACAAAUGUCAUGGGGAAUUCACCUCCCUCCCCCCAACACUUGCUUCUCCGAGUGCUCUCUACUCCCCGAUCCCCUAGUCCUUAGCGUUUGAGGGUUGAGACUUCAAUUAGACGAACACCAUGACAUCCACGCUACCAGUCAAAUAUGCCGAUCCCGAGUAUGAGAAGGCUCAUCGGGACACCUUCUCUCCGCCCAAGAAGUGCCCGGUAAAAUCGGUUUUACCACCUGGCGUGCGGAAGGAAGACUUCGCCCAGGCGCUCCAGGAGUUCACGUUGGUGUUGGGAGAUGGAGCCGUGUUCGUCGACGAGGCGCUGUCGGACUAUAUCGAUCCCUAUGACAUUUGGGAGGCCGAUGAGGGGAAGAGGAAGAUGCCCAGCGCAGCUGUCUGCCCCGCCUCGACUGAUGAACUUAAAGAGGUUUUGCGCAUCGCCAACAAAUAUACUAUCCCUGUAUGGACCUUCUCCAGGGGAAAAAAUCUAGGAUAUGGCGGGCCGGCCCCUCGGGUUAACGGCUCGGUCGCAUUGGACCUGCAUCGCAUGAACAAGAUCAUCGAGGUCAACGACCAGUACGCCUACGCCGUCGUCGAGCCCGGCGUGACCUUCAUCGACCUCUACCGAUACUGCGUCGAGAACAAGCUCAAGGUGUGGCCUAGCACAGCCUCGCUCGGAUGGGGUAGCGUUCUGGGCAAUACCCUAGACCGCGGCAUGGGAUUCGGCGCCAACUUCUCGCACCACCAGGCCAUGGCCGGGAUCGAAGUCAUGCUCGCGGACGGCGACCUUGUGCGGACGGGCCAGUUCGGCAUCACCAACUCUCCGUCGGCGUUCCUGUCCAAGUUCACGUACGGCCCCUCGGUAGAGGGCCUGUUCCUGCAGAGCAACCUCGGCGUGGUGACCAAGCUGAGCAUCUGGAUGACCCCGCAGCCAGCGGCGUACAUGUCGUGCAGCUUCUCGAUGCCCGAGUUUGAGGACAUCGAGGUCAUGGUCGACGAGUUCGGCGAGAUGCGCCGCAACGGCGUCGUUCCCAACUGCGUCUGGAUGACCAGCGUCAUCGAGACGCUCUGCAUCAGCGGCCGCCGCGAAGACUUCUGGAAGGGCGAGGGCCCCAUCCCCCAGUGGCGCAUCAAGGAGCUGCAGACCGAGAUGGGCGUCGGCCACUGGCUCGCCCGCUGGGGCCUGUACGGGUCCAAGCGGAUGGUCCAGGCCCAGUUCGACGAGAUCCAGGAGAUCCUCGCCAAGAAGGCCCCCACGGGCGAGCUGAAGGGCAAGCUCUUCGCCGCCGAGGACGGCGAGCGCCUCGACGCGGCGACGGUGCCCGACGAGCACGGCACCAUGUUCGUGGGCGUGCCCAGCCUGUGGAGCCUGCCGCUGAUCGACUGGCCGCUGCCCAAGGGCAGCACGGGCAAGGCGGCGCACGGCGACUACGCGCCCGUGAUCCCGUCGUCGGGCAAGAUGCUGCUCGAGUGGAUGCGCGUCAGCCAGCCCAUCUACGACGCCGCGGGGAUCGAGCUGAUGGGCGACUUCUUCAUGCACGAGCGCCACGUCGUGCUCAUGAACAUGUUCACCUACGACCAGCAGGACCCCGUCCAGCGGAGGCGCGUCCACGAGCUGUACUACGGCCUCUACCGCGAGGCCAAGAAGCGCGGCUACGGCAUGUAUCGCGCGCACGUCAACCAUAUGGAUCUCAUUGCGAACCUAAACGAUUUCAACGAUCAUGCCUACAACAGGUUUGUGGAGAAGAUCAAGGACGCACUGGAUCCCAAUGGAAUCUUGGCACCAGGGAAACAAGGUAUCUGGCCCCACCGAUUCCGCCAUCUGAGAGAGACGGACGACACCGAAUAGAAAUAUCAGUGUUUCGUGCAACCGCGGUAGGUUAACCAGUGUAUGGACCGUCUCAUUGGCUGGGCGGAUACUUCAACGCAGGAGCAUUCAGUGGGUUAUAAGAUAUGUGACCCGGUUGUAAUUAGACGUCGAGAGGCAUUGCCAGUGUUGGCUUUGCACAGUAGCAAUUGUUAGUUUCUAGAUGAAGCCCCUUUGGCCU